AUGUUUAGAUUACGAAGAGGUGGUGAUGAAGCACCACCCAAUGACAAUAAUAAUAAUAAUAACAACAACAAUAAUCAAGAAGAUAGUAACACCACCAAAGAUGAGGUUGAAUUAGAAGAUUCAAUGGAUCAUGAUGUUGAUGAUGUUGAUGAUGUUGAUGAUGAUGGUGCAUCUGUUGAAGAAGAGGAAGAAGAAGACCAAAUUUUUGAAGAUCAUUCCUAUGAUGAAGAUGAAGAUGAAGUUGAUGAUGGAGAGGAAGAAGGAGAUGAAGAAGAUCCUUUGGAUAUGGAUGCAGCUGGAAUACUAGAGAAUAUGGAAAUGAUGAGCCCUGCAUUUAGAAGAUUUUUGGCUAGACUACGUGCUGGACAAAUCGAUGAUAAUGGAGAAGACGUUGAACAAGAUGGCGAUGACCUUGAUGAUGAUGAUGAAGAUGAAGAAGAAGUAGAUGAAGAAGCUGAAUUGGCACUUGAACAAUUAGUUGAAGGUGGUCUUGACCCAGGAGUGUUUAGACAAUUAUUGGAUGUUUUUGGAAACAGAGAAAGAAAUAACAACAAUAAUAACAAUAACAAUAACAACAAUAAUAAUAAUAAUAAUAAUAGAAGUUCUUCAAGAAAGAGUGCAUUGGAUCAAAGUACAGAUUCAACUGAAAGUGAUAAGGAGAAUAUAAAGUUGGAUGAGGAAAUGUAUAAUUAUAAACCAAGAACACCUAUUCUAUUAGACCGUAUUGCUAAACUUGAAGCUAUUGUUGACCCAUUUACAAAUCAGAAAAAGGAUACCUCCUCCUCUUCCUAUUCGUCAAAUACAACAUCAACAACAAGUACAGCAGAUUCACAACAAUCAUCAAUCAUUUCACCAACUUCACAACUAUACCGAGACAUGUAUAGUGCAUUAUUACAAUUUGGAUUCAAACCAUCGUUGGUUUCAAGAUCAUUGGAUUUCAAAUCGACAUUGGAUACUUGUAUUGAUUGGAUCACUGAACAACAACAAAUCGAUAGUGAUCUACUCGAUUGGAUAAAGAUUGCAUCUCAUACAAGCAACACUAAACUAUUUGAAAGAUUUUUAGAUGAUCUUAAAACAAAGUUAACAACUGGUGAUCAACAAAGAAAUUGUUUUGAAGAUAUAAAGGAAAAACAAACCAUUACAACAUGUGGAUAUGUAUUCAAAAAUGGUGAAUGGGGAUUCCAAUGUAAACAAUGUCAAGAAGAUUCUACUAGUGUUCUUUGUGAAAAAUGUUUUAGAGAUUCUAAUCAUGAAGGUCAUGACUAUCAAAUGAUUAGAGUUGGUCAAGGUGGUUGCUGUGAUUGUGGAGAUAGUGAUUCAUGGAAAGAAGAAGGAUUUUGUUCAAAACAUAAAGAUGUUUUGGAAGUUGAUCAAGUUAUUUUAAAACCAAUUGAAGAUUUGGGUGAAGGUCAUUUAGCUUAUUGUGAACGUGUAUUGGGUUAUCUUUUGGAUAUUAUUCUCAAUACUCUUCGUAACAAUGAAUCUCGUGAUUCUUCAGACAUCUUUUUCCAACAAAAAUUAUAUUUCUAUUAUAAUGAUCCAUCAAGAAAUUAUAAUAUUAAAUUAGAUGAAGAUUGUUAUGGAGUAUUAAUUUAUAAUGAUGACCAUAAUUCAUUCCAAUCGGUAAUAGGUGAAUUGAAAGCAGCCAUUGGAUUACAACGUGGACCAGCAACCGAUUAUGCUCAUUAUGUUCAUAUGAAUGGAAAGUGUAUAGUAUUUAUUGGAGCUCGAUCUGAAUGCAAUCGUGUAUUAAAGUCAUUGGAUAAAAUCAAUCUAAAGGCUACUCUUACCCGUCGUUUCCAAGCUUUCCCAUUCCAAAACUUUUCAAGUAUUUUGGAACUAUUUGUACACCUCACUCCCCUUCCAUGCUUUAAACGUAUCUUUUGCAAUCUUUUAACUCGUCCCAUGGGUCAAUACCAUCAUGAUGAUGGUAACGUAUUUGAUCAUGAUAAUUGUAGAUUAAAAUAUUUCCUAACUUAUUAUCAAUAUUUACCAAGUUCAAAACAAGAGAUAUUAAAGAAUUGGUUAUUCUCUUUGACUUUUGAUAGAGGAUUCAAGAUUGAUUUUUCAAUUUGUUUUGCCAAAUCUUAUCCAAUCAUUACCGAUAAUUUUGCAAAGGAUAUUUAUGAUCACGACACUUCAAUGCUUUCAUUAACUGUUCAAAUAUUUACCAUCCCAUACAUUACAACUCUCUUGGUUGAAAAGUAUCAAAUCUUGGAAACUCUCUUGACUUCAAUCUAUUCAAUUGCUCAAAAACAUUUAGUUAAAGAUAUUAAUUCUCCACCAUUCCAAGGAGAAUUAAAAGAUGAUGGAGUUGUGAAUUCACCACAUAAAUAUUAUUAUUAUUUUGAAAGAAUCAAACAUGUUUUUGUUGAUAUUCAAUAUGUAUUGUCCAUUUAUCCUGUAUUUAGAAACAUGAUGAACAAUGCGGUGGAAUCCAAGUUUUUCAUUCAAUGGAUAGAUGCCAUGUCUCUUUUCCAUCUCUCCAAUCCAAAUAUUCGAAACGUUCAAACCUUUUCAGAAUCUAGUUCAUGGGUUAAUUACUUUACUCAUUCCUUUGCUUUGGAUAAACAAACUUUUGCCAUUUUUUCAUCUUUAAUUGAACAUAAUGAUGAUCAUUUUGAAGAAAAUAUGAGAAAAACAACUACAGAAGGUACAUCAUUCCAUUUACCAAUUCAUCGUGCACUAUCCAAAUUGACAUUGUUGUUGGUUAGAAAGUUUGUUGGUCAUCGAAAUAAUCCAAUCACCUUUAAACAAUACACCGAAUCAUUGUACAAUAACCAACAAUUGGCUGGCGAGUUGGUUUAUGGUCUUGCAAGUAUUGAUAAUCUCAUCUCUGAGAGUAAUUCUAGAAUGUGGUUAAAGAAUGGUAGUCCAAUUACCUCUCAAAUAUUUAAUUAUAAUUCUCAUUCCUAUUUACGUUAUUUCUUCUUUGAACCUGAUUUCUUUUUAAAACAAGUUUAUUUUUCACAUUUUAAAUCUUUAUCAAGAUCUUUAUUCCAAACAAAUCAUUCACUUAAUAAUCAUCAAAUGGGAGUAUUAUCAAACUUUUUUAGAUUUUUGAUAACAUUGAUAAGUGAAAGAUCAUUUGUUGGAGAUAUUAGUGAUGAAGAGAUUAUUAAAUAUGAUGUGAUUCAUAGAUUAUAUUUAAAGAAUCGUACAUUUACCAAAUUGAUUAGCAGUUUUGGCAUUGAGAAACGAUAUUUGGAUAUUUCAACAAAGACUGUUGAAAAGGUGUUGAAUCAAGUGGCAAACUACAUUUCUCCAUCACUACAAGAACAAGGAAAGUUUUCGUUGAAACCAGAGUUUUCCAAUGUCUACAACAAGUACUAUUCACGUUACUCUAAUGAGGAGCGCGAGCGUGCUGAAGAUUCUCAUCGUAACAAUGAAAAGUCAAAUAGUGGUGGAAGUAGCGGAAGCAAGUUACGUCGUUUGCCAUUGAUGCCACCCAUCAAACAAGAGUUUAGAGCUAUUCUAGAGACUUUGUACACCGAGGAGUUGUACAGUCUUAUGUUUUACAGUAUGUACCAAUGUGUUGUAGAGAUGGAAGAUCUUGCAGCAUUGGAUGAGUUUGAUACGUCGCAACGUCGUGUCGAGCGUACUGACGUCAUCGACCAUCUUGUGCAUCUCUUGUUUAUGGCGGUUGACGAGUCGAGCAACAAGCUCAACCACAAUGACAACAGUGUGACCAACCGUCUACAGAUGGUCGUUGACCACGUGCACAAGAAGCACAGUCCUUCCAACGUGUCCAUCUACGACCUGCUCCAAGCCAUCUCUUCGGACCAGUCUAAAAAGUACUUCCACCCAUCAGUCUUGGAACUUUUGUCUCUUCUAACCAAGUCAACCAACAACAAUAACAACAAUAACAGUAGUCCAAGCAACCUCCGCAUUUCAUCGUCUGCCGAACAAGAAGACGAAGAAAAGCAACGCAGAAUGUUGGAAGCAAAGAAAAAGAUUAUGGAGCAAUUCACCAGACAACAAAAGAUGUUUACGUCGUCCAUCUCUGGCGACGAUCUCUCAGACGACGAGGAUGAGCUCGACCAAGACACACUCAGAAAGAAUACAGAGGCUGAAAACAAUCCCAAAAAGACUUGUAUUCUUUGUCGUGAGGAGACCUAUGUCAACGACCACAACAAUCCAAUUGGUAACCUCUGUCUUGUCCAACGUUCUCGUCUCUCCAAGAUCAUGUCUGAACGUCACCAAAAUAUUUCAGAUUCCAAAUAUCAUUUCAAAACCAAAGAUCAAAAAGAUUAUGAUUUUAAAUAUUAUACAAAUGAUAAUAUUAAUUUAAUUUCACAUUUUUGUGGACAUUCAUUACAUUUUAAAUGUUAUAAAACAUUGGAAUCAAAACAAGUACCUAAUUUUGUUAUUUGUCCACUUUGUACAUCCCAUUCAAAUGCACUUUUACCACCAGUUCCAAAGGAUUAUUCAUUCUUGCAAAACAAUGGAACUAUGACACACGGUACCAAUAAUUGGGAACAAUUAAAGGAAACUAGUCUCCAGGAAUGUUUUGAGCAUUUCCAAAAGAGAAUUACCAACCGAUUUAUUCGUGGUAUUAAUCUAAACCAUGACAAGAGUCAAAAAUUCUCAAUCAUUGAUAUUUUUGAAUCAACUAUUAAUUCUCUUGAAUAUCAAUCAAGAUAUCAAUGUGAUUGGAAUCUUGCAAGAUCAAAUAUUGAUGAAAAAAUUAUAAAUUCAUUAAGAAGUUUAUUGGAUGUUCUUUAUGUAUUUGUUAACAUGCCAUCUAGUAACAAUAGUAUGGAUAUAGAUGCUGCAGAAGAAACUGGACAUGAUGAUUUUACCAAAUUAUUGUUAACUAUGUUUAGUAAAUCAUCUAGAGUGACCAAUUUGGAAACCUAUAAAAUGAUUUCAAAUGAAAUAAUCAUUUCAAGAAAUCCAGAUCAAUUGGCUACCCCUGAGCAAUUGGUCAAGCAUACUAUCCUCCUCAGAAGAUUGUCUAUCCUAGAUCAUAUCUUUUCGGUAUCUCGUACUCUUCCACAUCUAUCUUUCUUCCAAGGUGAUCAUUUACAACCAUUCCACAGUUCAUUAUUAAAUUAUAUAAUUGAUUAUAGAAAUAUUAAAUCAUCACAACCAACACAACAACAACAACAAAUUACUACCUUGACGACCUCAACUUCUACAACUUCAACUACUACGCCAUCACAAGAAUUAUCAACCAUUCAAAGAGAGGAUAUUGAAUAUUUCCAUAUUAUUCCAUUACCAAACAACUAUGAUGAUAUCUUUGCAUGCAAUAUCAAGUGUAAGAGAUGUGAUCUAGUGCCAUCAAAGCGAGACCAAGUCGUAUGUCUUUUAUGCGGUAGUAUGGUGUGUGCCAGCGCCAUGUGCUGUCGUGAACAAAAUGGUGAAGGAGAGGUAACCACUCACUCUAGAAAAUGUGGUGGCGAUAUUGGUGUAUAUGUCCUCGUCGAACACUCGAUUGUAUUAACCUUUUUCGAUGGUUGUAUUGGAUUCAUUGGCUCAUCUUAUUUGGAUGCACAUGGUGAAGAAGAUGCAGGAUUAAAACGUGGUGUUCAAUUAAAACUAUCAAAGGAAAGAUAUGAAUUAUUAAAUUCAACCAUUCUCAAACAUGAAAUUCCAAAAGCUAUCAGAUCUCAUAAUGGUAACAUUAAUUGGCGUAAUCCAGGUCAAUUAUAA